CACAAGAUUACUUAUUUAGAGGCCGCAGGUAAGAAUAGGGACAACCAGUCGCACGUUUAAACAAGACCUAAACGAUUGGAAUUAAAGAUAAAACAAAUCUGUAAAAAAUAUGCUUCGUGCGGUCUAAAAAUAAACUAUCAUUUUCUGUCUGCUAAAAAUAACUGAUGGAAUUUUCUCCAAAUCUCUGAACAUGUAAGGAUCAUACAACAUCCAUUGAAACAAAAUGGCCCAUAAAGGAUUUAGAGUUCUCCAGGCAUUUGAUCCUGAUGAGCCUGAUGAAUAUGGCUAUGGAAGAAAAUCUCCAUUAUUUGUUGAUGAGGCCGAAACAAUGGAGCAGAUUAGGUCAGCCAGCAAACCCCAUAGCUUGCCAGAUGAAUUAUUGGAUUUGCAGGUCAAUUCCUCGCAACGUGGCUUGUAUGAUGAAACAAUGAUCUCACAACUAAGUUUGGAUGACAAAAACUAUUUGGAAAAAGCUAAAGAUAAAAAUCAGACAUCGCUGGAUAAUACCUUAACAAAAGAACUUGAACGAGAGGCACACUCGAAAUAUCAACAAAAUGUUGCUGAGAGCUAUUGGGAUGGUACCGGCCCAGCACUUAAAGAAGCUCCGUGUGUUUACAAAAUAACAUGCAAAAGAUGUGAGAUAGAGUACGUCGGGAGUACUAUUGAUAUCUAUCAAAGGAUGUCUAUGCAUGUUUAUAAUAUCUCUGCAUCUAAGUUAAACAACAUUUUAUAUAGACAUUUCAGGGGAGAGUGCAAAAAACCUCAUUUUAGCUUUCAUGUACUUGAGUAUGUUCAAUUGAAAGAGUUACACGAUAAAGAGCAACAUUACAUUGAAGAAUACAACACAUUGGAGCCACAUGGCCUCAAUGAAAGAAACGCAAAAGCACUAAAGGAAAUGAUUGACUUUGAAGUUUUUAGGUCAUAAGUACAGAUAAAUUAAAGAUGAUUUAAUUAUACAAAUCACUGGAAGCAAUUUAAAGAUGCUGACAAUAAAAUAUUACUUUAUUAAAUACUAGAUCUUUUUAAUGUAUACAAUUGUGUAAAAAAACUGCUUUACAUUUUAAACAAUCAUACAUAUUUGUUUUUGUGAAUGUACAAAAACAAUGAUAAAUUGUAUUAUUCAUAUAAAGACCAAUGACAAUUAAGGUAGCUGUUUUGAGUAAAUGUAAUAAUAGAUGUUUUAUUAAUACAAACAUGACCCUACGUAUGUUAAUUUUUAAUUCAAAUUGUGCAGUCAAGGUAUCUUGCUUAAGUAGGAGUCAUUUUAAUAUUUUUAUGU